UUCCCGCGGCAGCAGCUGGUGUCUCUGAAUCACCUGCUGAGGUCCGUCGGGGAUCACCUGAGUACACUGAGUGGUUCUCCGUCCAGAACGGAUCGGGUGUUGGAGGCCACGCCCCUUCCAGUCGACGCAUUUGUUGGCUCAUGCCGGUCAGGUGCGUGCAAUCAGACAGGUGCGUCACCUCAGAGCGAUCCAGACUCAGCAGCUCCGCGUGGACGCCGCAGACAUGCCGCCGUGCGGGUUUGGGCUCCUGGUGGGAGUUCUGUUCUCAGUUCGGACAGAUGGAAGCUGGAACUGGACCCAGAACCAGAGCAAUGAAAGUCUGCAGGACCCAUUCUCUGGGCGCUUCGGCUCCAGUGAGCUGGCAGGGGUCCGGGCCUUCCCUCCGGAGCAGGAAAUGGAGAGCAGGAUCAUCGGGGGGCAGGAGGCCUGGGCUCACUCAUGGCCCUGGCAGGUCUCGCUCCAGUUCUCCUCCAUGCCAACCUGUGGGGGCGCCGUCAUCGCUGCAGAGUGGGUGGUGUCGGCCGCUCACUGCUUCAGCAGGUUCAACUCUGAAUCUCUAUGGACGGUUCUGGCUGGGAAACAUGACCUGGACAAACCCCAGGAGCCUGAGGAGCAGCUGGUCCAGGUCUUAAAGAUCAUCAUUCAUCACCAGUAUAACACCCGCACGAAAGACUGUGACCUGGCGCUGGUCAAGCUGGAGCGGCCGCUGAUCUUCAACCAGUUCGUGCGGCCCAUCGACCUCUGGAUGACCCCGCUGCCCGAGCACAUGAAGUGCACAAUCACCGGCUGGGGCUCCACCCAUGAGAAUGGUCCUCGGGUCAACCGGCUGCAGGAGGUGAACGUCAGCAUCCUGGCCUUCGACGUCUGCAACGACUACUACAAAGGCCGAAUCCUGCCGUCCAUGUUCUGUGCUGGGAAGGAUGAGGGGGGGCUGGAUGCCUGCCAGGGCGACUCUGGAGGUCCGCUGUCCUGCUUCACUGGAACCCGGCAUAAGCUGGCAGGCGUGGUGAGCUGGGGCGUCGGUUGUGGUCGAGCCAGAAAGCCUGGAGUCUACUCUAAAUUGCAACAACACAUCCUCUGGAUCUCUGAUGCCAUAGAUGAAGUGAAGGAGCUGCCGGUGGAGCUCCCAGGAGCAGACACGGAGUGUGGGAAACUGUGGCCCUCCAGCUGUGAUCGUCCUCCAAGCUUGGCCAGCAUCUCCGUGUCCAGGGGGGGCGCGGUCUGGGUGGAGAACGUUACCGAGUCCUGCCCCUUCUCCUGGCCCUGGAUGGUCAGCCUGCAGUCCAACAGGAAGCACUUCUGCAGUGGCGUUCUGAUCCAUCAGCGAUGGGUGGUGACCGCCAAGCACUGCAGUGUCAGCCCUAAAGAGGAUGUGGUGGUUCUGGGGGUCCAUGACCUGAAGCGGACGUCUGUUCAGACCCUUCUUGUGGAUGAGGUCUUCAGCCCUGUUAAUGACGCCGGGUUCCCGCCACAUUCUGACCUGUCUCUGCUGCGUCUUAGCGCCGCCGCCAGAUUUGGUCCACAGGUGUCUCCGGUUUGCAUCCCCGAGGAAGACGAGGAGCUCGACGACAGCUGGACCUGCAUCGCUGCUGGUUGGGGGAACGUCAAGACGUCAGAGGGUUUGAGUCCGGACCGGCUUCACCAUGCUAAGCUGACCCUGGUCAACGAGUCCACCUGCAUCCAGAAGUGGGGCGACCUCAUUACUGAAGACCACAUCUGCUCUGAGCCGGUGGGCUCGGCCUCCUGCAUGGGAGACGCUGGAGCUCCUCUCUUCUGUUGGAAACAUGGCUCCUUCUUCCUCUUCGGCGUGGUUACGUGGGGCAGCUGGAGGUGUAGCGCAGACAAACCAGCCAUUUUCACCCGCAUGGCGGAGUUUCAUUCAUGGAUCAGUGAUGUGAUUGACCUCUGACCUUCCAUGCUCAUUAGAAGCUCCUGUUGACCCAACACUAAUAGUUCAUCUUUUUGGUAUUUUUGUGGCUUAUUUCAUGUUUCAAGAAGAAGAAAAAAGCACAGAGUUUAAAUAAAGUUUUAAACAGUU